AUGUCGCAAAAAACGGACAUGGAUCCAUCAACUGGUGUUGAAGAUCAACCAGGCACAUCGGAUCUGGACCUUACCUGGGACUCAGAUCAAGAUUACGAUGAAUGUGUGUAUUACCAUGAAGGAAGUGAUCUAUACGCCGAAGACGUCGAUGGUCAGAUGGCGGUACUGCCGGAAGUGCCUGUGACGACGGAGGAUGUGAAGAUCGAAGACAUUCAGCUUUGUGGAUCUGAUAAUCAGACUCCAGAAGAAAUUGACCGACUUCGCCAAAGGAUCUGGAAGUUCCGACAUCUCUUGAUCGGCAAGGGAAAUGCCCUUCCACCAGCGGCUAGAGGUGUGGUGUGUGAUAUCGACGUCGGAGGAGCGAGACCUAUCGCUCUCAAGUGUCGUAAGCUGCGGAUCCAGUUCAGGGAGAAGUUGGCGGACUUGAUCAAGGGACUAUUUCUGCCAAAAUGA